AGAAAACUGUCACAAAACUGUCCGGUCGAGCAGACAGGACCCUGGCCGGAGCCAUAGGGUGAAAGGGUUUUUUUUCCCCACUUACCAAACACAUGAUGAGCAUUAGCGAUGCAAAAAGUGUGCACGAAGUGAUGAUUCACAUGGGCAACAGCUUCACAAUUUACCGCCGACAAACCUCUAAAGAUCUGAAUCCAGGGACCCGGAGCGCCUCUACUGUCCGAUAAUAUAUACAGAGAUGAAAGGUACUGAAGAAUUCAAAGACCAAUACCUGCCCCCUACAUUCAGUGAGGUGUGAAUUCAAGGGGCUGAUAGGCGGGGAGACUCUGCACUGGACCGGCUGGGAUCGUAAUGUUUUUGUAAUUAUUUUUUUUUCUUUGUUUUUGUGUGCAGUUAUUUGGGAUCCUUGUGAUCGGAGCCUCUCUCUCAGGAAAUCGGAUACAUGUGUUCUCCCUCAUCACACAUCCCACAUCCCACUCCGCUAACUGUGAAUUCGCACAAUUCAAGUGCCUCUGGCAGGCUUGUGUCAGCGUUGUGUUACAAGGUGUUUUUCACUUUCAAACAAAAUCCAAACAUGCAGUAAAGCUUUUUUUUUUUUGUGAAUACCGAAAAAAUAUAUAAAUAGAUUAAAAAAAAGACUUCUAUUAUAAACAAUGAAGCAGUUCGUGAAGUUGUACGCUCAGUAAUAAAUUUGUUUCUGCUGACGUCUCGAUUUAUAUUUUUACAGACAGAGAACCUAUUGAAAAACUCAAGCAAGCUGGCUGUGUCCUGUAGCCUCUCUAUUCAUAAAACAGCACGGUGCUGCAGGCGUGAUAGAUCUCAUAUCGCAAUUGUCUCCAUUACAAUACGGCAUCGCCGUAUAACCCCACCCCUGCAAGGAGAUUUAAAGGGGCUCUGACGAAAGAUCCCAGGGGAGGAAGGGUGGGUGCCUAAAGUCCAUUACUGUGCAGGAGUCAGCCGGGGCUCUGCAGUCCGGUGCUGCCGUGGAAAGGAGCUGGGCGCUCGCCUUGCUGGAAUUGUUUACUCCAGCCAGAAGCGCACGGAGCUGUGGAUGCGUGCAGGGAGCAGACACAGGGUGGGAGGGGGGCAGCUUCUCUAUGAAAGGUAAAAAUAUGUAGCCAGCCGAACAGUUCGAUUCCCGUUUUGCCCAAAACCGUGAUUUCCCAUCCCUCUGCUCUGCAUUAGCAGAUUGCUCCAGAAUGGAACAAGCUGGACGUUUAAUAACACCGUGUCAGAGACUGGAGUAUACAGUACGGAUUGUCGGGUCCAUACACUGGAAUCUGUUUCCACCAGGUCCAGGGUUCGGAGCGGGUUCGGAGUUCGACUCUGCACCGGAGAAUGACAGAAGGAAACCAGUGAAGAUCGCUCGCAUCGAUACUGUUUGGGAUCGCGAGUUUCUGAUGCAUUAGACGUUCCAAAAUAAAGUGAAUCAUAUUUAUAUGAAAUAUUAAAGGUUAAUAACAUGUUGAACACAGUCUGCAGGGGUGUAGUUGUUUAUUAGUUGUCAGAGCUGUCUGAAGUAUAGUCCCAGGACUCUCUUUUUAUUGUGGGGAUACAAAACGAUUGUGGAAGCUGAUCAACUGCAGAACUAACUCCUCCAUUGAGCUCGGCUCACACUAGCGUCCUGGAGACCGGUGACACCGUGGGACUCUGCUCACAGCGAAGAGAUAAUGGGGAUUGUUUACUGCGUUUUAAGGAUUUUGCAGAGAAGAGAGGUUUAGCAGUUUCGCAUUGCCUGACCGCUUCCCAGCCUCCAUGGACCCAGGAACGAGAGCCGGACCGAGGGAAGCCCACGCCAGCCCCUCCCCCGCGGUUGCAGCCAAUGCCGAGGGAGACGCUAUUGAAGUGCUGGAAAGCACAGAUGUACUGCCUAUGGCUCCCGAAGAUCACUGGAAAACUCUUUUCGAUCAGUUUGACCCUGAGAAUUCAGGCUACAUCAGCACGGAGCGGUUCCGGAGCCUUCUGAACAUGUACGGCUCUGAGCUGGACCCCCACAAGCUUGCGGUGCUCCUGGCCCUAGCUGACAGCAACGCAGACGGGAGGAUCUGCUACCAGGACUUCGUCAAUCUGAUGAGUAACAAGCGCUCAAACAGUUUCCGGAGAGCGAUCCUGCAGGGCAACAGGCAGAGGAAGAGCGCCGCCCUGCUGGAGGAACCCGGAAUGGGCCUCUCCCAGUGCCUCGUCCGCCACGUCGCCUACGAGACCCUCCCCCGAGAGGUGGACCGCAAGUGGUACUAUGACAGCUACACCGGCUGCCCCCCACCCUGGUUUAUAAUCGUCGUGGCCAUCGUGGAGGUGGCUGUGUUUGUUUAUUAUGGGCUGCUGCUGGACAGGUGGGUCCUCCAGGUGUCUCACCCGCUGUAUCUGAGGAACCCUCUGGUGUACCACCCCCAGCUCCGAGUGCAGGCCUGGCGCUACCUCAGCUACGUCUUCAUGCACGCAGGGAUAGAACACCUCAGCCUGAACGUGCUGCUGCAGCUGCUGGUGGGCCUUCCCUUGGAGAUGGUGCACGGGGCCCUGCGGAUUGGCUUCCUUUACAUCUCCGGAGUGCUGGCAGGUUCCUUGGCCGUGUCGGUGGCUGACAUGACGGCGCCAGUGGUGGGAUCAUCGGGAGGGGUCUACGCUCUCGUCUCCGCCCACCUCGCCAACAUCGUCAUGAACUGGUCGGGAAUGAAGUGCCAAUUCAAACUGCUUCGCAUGGCGAUUGCGUUGCUUUGCAUGAGCGCGGAGUUCGGGAGAGCAGUGUGGCUGCGUUUCUACCCCUCGGUCUACCCACCCUGCCCCAACCCCAGCUUCGUGGCCCACCUGAGCGGGGUGGCGGUGGGGGUCACGCUGGGGGUGGUGGUCCUCAGGAACUACGAGCAGAGGCUCCAGGAGCAGUCACUCUGGUGGAUCUUCGUCUUGGUCUACAUCGUCUUCUUUCUGUUCGCCAUCUUCUGGAACAUCUUUGCCUACAGCCUGCUGGAGCUCCGUCUGCCUCCCCUUCCCUGAGGACCCAGGUUGCCGUCGGAGUGCCAGGUCAAGCACCGGCACGCACCCGAGUGGGCAAAGUGUGGCAUGGCCAAGCCCUCCUCUACCUGCUUGGGGAAGGGCCAUGACUUUAAUGUGGGUAUGUUUUCUAACACAUAAGGUGUCUUCGCAUAAACUAAACAGAACAAAGAUGUGCCCGUGUGCAUCGUGACUUUGUGUACAGUUUGUACAGUCUGUCUACACAUUAAACAUUACUGGAAGUACUGCCAAAAAAAAGAAAUAAAAAAUCACUGAACAGAUCCAUGCAGAAGUAGGUUGUUCAAAUAUCCGCCAUGCUCUACCUUCAUCCUGAGGGGGAGGUUUUGGCGCCUCCUUUUGGAGGGUAGGAGGAUUACAGAUUAAUUUGUACAUAUAUGGUAUCAUGGAAAGCUACCUUCCUGAACUCAGUUUAAUACAGUAUGUCAGUAUUAAUACAGGAAUGCAUAGUGCAGAUCUGCAAGUCAAUAAAAGGCUCAUCUCAAACCCAGGCUUAGGUACUUAAUGGAUCUCAGUGUGCAGAAUUGGUCUCUUCAGCCCUUAUGCACAGUAGCCAAGGGAUGAAACUGCAAGAUGCGUGAAAAUGAAAAGUGCUGUAUGUUUUUAAAACAAGAGUGGUAUCUGUCUUUAUUAUUUCUUCUGAUGAGCUUCCUAUAAACUCCAGAGUCUGCCAGUCGUAUUAUCACAUGGUAACCUAUGUCAGAACUACAGUUAGAAAGUCAGGAAACAUUUUGUUCUGCCCAGUCACCGUUGUAGUUUAUCAUAGUACCAGAGCCCCUUGAUCGAAUGAUUGCCUUAUUCCUUGUAUAAUGAUAACAUUUUGUGAUUGCCAAAAACGUAAGCCAGUGUUCAAUCUGUGUAUGGAAUACAGCUAGGAAUGUAUUGUAAUGCAACGAAGUGUGUUGUAGAAUGUAGGUGAUAUGAAAUCAGAGUUGUGCUGAAUCCCUCUCUCUCUGAUCAGCCCUUCUAUCAGUUUCCCUUAGUAAAUGUGCUUGAUCAUCUUGCACUUGUUGCUUUUCCAUGCACACUGCCUUGCAUUCGAUGCUGAUUUAAAUGAUUGCUUUUUGCAGCUUUGCCAUACUCCUCUGUGAUUUGCUGUGCUCGCUUGUGCUGGACCGUGCAUUUAGGUUUCCACUGUGGUGUAGCACAGUAAACUAUUAUACGGUGGGCCCUCGUGGAUCGAAUACGAGAUGCAGUUGUCUUAACCUUCGAAAAACGUAAAUGAAGGAGCGUGUCCUUUUUUUAUCGCUCGCACCUCUUGUUUGGGCAGGGGAGGGGGUUGUUAUUUAAGGGACAUUUGUAUUCAGUAGAUGUUUUAUAGAGUGCGGUUUUGUUUUUGCUGUUUUUAAAAUGUUCCCGCUAAACAUACUUCUACCAGUUGGAAUCAUUCUCCUAUUUAAAUGGUUUGUUAUUUAAAAGAUACUGUUACCUUCUGAACCCCUGUCUGUUCUGCAAGUGAAACAAAAUACGAAUCCCUACCAAAUCGUAAAGCACAGCAAAUACCCAUUAAAGUACAUGUGGUACGCUUAAUCAAAUAUACAGUAGUACAGUACUGUGCUGGAAAAUAAGCUCAGUAAUAAAAUGAGGCGCGCUUUCUGAAGCUGCGGUCUGAUUUUCAUUACUGCAGGUAAUGGUUACGUUUGAUCUUCAGUCCUGCGCAGUGCACCUCUGUCAGUGGAGCUACCGCAUUCAGUAAAAGCUGACAGCAGCAGACAGAGCGUUAGUGUGUCACAUGUGUCCUCUUUUUAAUGGAAAUCCGAGACUUUAGCCUUGGUGUGCAUGGUGAAGCUUCAUAGUAAUCAGACCUGGCUACUGGGAGAUGAUCUCACAGUCUGGUGUAGAGAGAGCUCGGAAAUGAUUGAUUGCACUGUCUUUGCGUGGAGACUGAGAACAUGUCUUCAAUACAAUCUUAUUCUUACUGAAUUUCUAACUGUUUGGUUGAAACGAGCACUCGAGAGAGGGUUGUGUUAUCUGAUGGGGGAGAGAGGGCAUGAUUCAGAAAGCCUUAUUCUGCCCAAUAUUUUAAUAAAUAAAUGUUUGUAUGGGCAUCAGAAUUAGAUUAUAAUGCAUCUUCCUUAGAAAAGUUAACUUAUUGUAAUGUCUGUCUUGUGUCAUCAUUGUACAUGUAUUCAAAACUCUUUUGUACAGCCUUAAAAGAUUAAAAUAAAAAACAAACAAAACAUAUCAAUAAUUAUAAUAUUAUUUGGAACUGUUUGUCCAGGAAAAAAGGGCUGCGGUACACCACUGGUCCGGGUUUGAUACAUGUGUUUUU